AUGGCUGGUUCGACAUCCCCGGGGGGCACUCCGGUGACCGUUGACGCCGCGGCAGCGGCCCGUACAACAGCUGGCAAGAACGGCGACGACGGCGCGUGCUCGCCGACUCCAGACCGCGGUCGCAGCCGUGGUCGGAGUCGAACCCGCAGGCACGGCAAGGAGAUCGUCGUGCACGAGCGCACGGUCCAGGAGCGCCUCGUCCCGGGCGGCAACACGGUGUGGCCGAUGCUCACGCCGACGAACUACUUUGAGUGGUCCAUGCUGAUGCAAAUCAACAUGGAGGCCAACUUGAUAGAUGGUGGGUGCGAUUGUGGUGAAGAGGACGGCGAAGGAGGCGUGGACACGAUCAAGACCAUGCGCAUGGGCGUGGCGCGCGUCCGCGAAGCCACGGCGCAACGACUGCGCUCCGAGUUUGAGGCGAUCGCGUUCCGCGACGGUGAAACGCUCGACGCGUUCGGCAUGCGGAUCACCUCGCUCGUCAAUAACCUGCGCUCGCUCGGCGACACCAUGGAUGAGGUGAGAGUGGUUCAGAAAUUCCUCCGCGUCGUCCCGUCUCGGUACAUGCAGAUUGAUCUCGCCAUCGAGACGAUGCUCGACCACAACACGCUCUCAGUUGAGGAGCUCGUCGGUCGCCUGCGCUCCGCGGAGGAGCGCUACCUCACCAACGAUCAAGGUGGAGGCGGCGGGGCACAGCUGCUGAUGACGGAGGCGCAGUGGCAGGCACGGAAGAACCAGCGCGCCCAAGGCCAGAACAGUGGCCAGGGCGGCGGUCAAGGCGGCUCCGGUGGACCAUGCGGGUCUGGCGGACAGGGCGGCGGCUCCGGUGGACCAUGCGGGUCUGGCGGACAGGGCGGCGGCUCAAGCCGUCGCCGUGGCAAGCAGCAAAACCGUCGUGGUGGCGGCCAGGGCGGUGGUGGACAUGGCGGGCGCGACGGCGCGAACGGAGAGCACGACAUGUCCCAGGUCAAGUGUUACAAUUGUAACAAACCUAGGCACUUCUCCAAGCACUGCACCAAGCCACGACGUGAACGCAAGGAGCAGGCGAACUUGGCGCGUGGCGAAGGGGAAGACACGGAGACGUCUCUCCUGCUGACCACGGUGAGCGCGCUCUCGACAACCAUAGAGCGCCCGGUCGAGCGCGUUCUCCUCAACGAGGAGCGCUCCCAGGUGCGAGCCGGCCCUGCCGACGGUCGCUGCGACAUGUCCUGGUACCUGGACACCGGGGCGAGCAACCACAUGUCCGGGUGCCGGGAGAUCUUCUCCGAGCUUGAUGUCGGCGUGCGCGGCUCCGUGAGGCUUGGCGACGGCAACGACGUCCAGAUCGAGGGGAGGGGCACCAUUCUCUUUGAGUGCCGAAACGGUGAGCACCUGACCCUGUCAGAGGUGUACUUCAUACCUCGUCUUCGCAGCAAUAUUAUCAGCUUGGGUCAGAUGGACGAGCUUGGGUGUGAGACCAACAUCCGCCAUGGGCUGCUGCGGCUUCGCGAUCAGGAAGGCCGCCUCAUCGCGCGCGUUCAGAGGAACGGCGGACGGCUGUACGUGCUCCGCCUGACGGCAGGGCGCCCUGUCUGCCUGUUGUCACGCGGUGCGGACGAGGCGUGGUUGUGGCACGGUCGCUACGGCCACCUGAACUUCCGUGCGCUGCGGGAUCUGGGGUGCUUGGGCAUGGCGGACGGCGUUCCCGUCAUCGACCGCGUCGACCAAGUGUGCGACGGGUGCGCCCUGGGCAAGCAGCAUCGGCCGGUUCACCCAGGCCACGACGUAUCGCGCGGAGCGUGCUCUGGAGCUCGUCCACAGCGAUCUAUGUGGGCCGAUCAAGCCAGCCACAGCGGGAGGUAG